AUGGAGGAAGACGACAACUUGCUCUACUCGUCUUCAGCAGACUCUGACACAUGUGAUGAUGAGUUACCACCUCACUUACCAUCCGUGAUCUCCUCAAAGCGCUUCUUCUUCUCUUCACCAAGCCAAUCCAACUCCAUCAUUGAUCAGCAUGUAAUUGAGGGAGGAGUGGGAGUCACCAAGCACUCCCUCGACCCCUACAUGGAUUUCCGGCGUUCCAUGCAGGAAAUGGUUCAUUCCAGGGACACACAAGACUGCGAGUAUCUGCAGCAGCUUCUAUUGUGCUACCUUUCUCUCAACCACCCACAUACUCAUAACUACAUCCUCGCUGCCUUCGCUGACCUCCUCCUUCACCUCUUCUCCUCUGACCACCAUCACCACGCCAGCAACCACUCCUCUUCAGGGCCUUUAAUUUCCUCUCAUAAUAAUAAUAAUAAUAAUAAUAUUUAA